GUAGUAAACCUUUUAUUUUGUUAUUUAAAUAAAAUAUAUUUGUUUUAUUUUUUAAAUACAAAAAAUAUGGCUGAAAGUUCCUCCAAAGGCGACUCUGUUCCAAAAAAGUGGGCUUGCACUUAUUGCACUUUUCUCAAUUGGGAUGCUAGCAUUAAAUGUGUUUUGUGUUAUCAACCUCGGAAUAAACCAAUGCUUAUUGAAGUGAAAACUUCAAUCGUUCACGAUGAACAACUCCGUUGGCCUUGUCCAACAUGUACAUAUAUGAAUUGUCAGCGUACAAAGCGUUGCAUUCAAUGUAAUACUGAUAGACCACUUCGUUAUGCAACUCCACCAUUUAUCAACAACCAAGUUAUUCCAAUUAAGCAGACUAUUAUUCAUACUCAACCGCACAAGGAUAAUAAUUCAAUUUCUCGUGCACUUAAUAAAUGGACUUGUCAGAGUUGUACAUUCGACAAUUGGCCAAAAGCAACAAAAUGCACACUUUGUGGUCAAAAGCGUUUGCUAUCUCGAGUUCAAAGCCUUUCUCCACCUCAGGAAGCUGAAGUUCAGAAUUUGCAUCACAGGAAACGUAGUUAUUCAGGUGAAACUCAACAUCAAGAAGUUGAAAGAACUGACAGCCGAGGAGAUAUUGAUUUAGAGUUAUUCAAUCAGCUGGCAAUCGGGAAUGCUCCUAGGCAUGGAAAUCGACCUGAACACAAUAAAGACCGGCACGGAUCAAAACGUAAUAAUGAGCAAUAAAAAUUGAGGGGUGGCUAGACAUGUUAAUUUUGUUGUGACAGUUUUCUGAGGGAUUGCAAAGAAAAUAUUUUAUUUCGACCUCAUCAAAUGAUUGCACAAAAAUAUGUGCGUGUUACCCUCUCUAUUUUUGCCACAAAUUUAUUUUGUUUGUUCCACCGGUUUUAUUUUAGCCCUUGUCAAUAUAUUUACCAA